AUGUUGUUGUUGAAACCUUCAAAUACUGAUUGUCCUUCAACUUCAAGCUUGAUGGAGUCAUUUGUACCACUAGGCGGGUACUUUUCCACACCGCCCAACCUGGCGGCUCCACUGGGAAGCACAUACGGACCUUUUUCUCGCUGCAAACUGUGCAGUGAUAAAUGUGAGCAAGAAGUUGCUGCUGUUCUGACGGUGGGACGUGCCAAUUCACAGUCAGAUCAGCACCAAGCAAGCUUGCCUGCGUGGCUGCAGUCCACUGAAGGCGACACAAACAAUGGGCUGGAUUUGGCUAAGGCCAAAGAUGAUAAAACAGAAUUACAUGCUAAAGUUGCAGUGCUGCAAAAGAAAUGGAACGAUAUCUGCCAAUGUCUCCACCACAACAGCUCACCCGUGGAAAGAGAUGUUACUCAAGUAGGAUCACAAGCAUUUCCUUGCAUUAUGGGUUUUCCAGUUGCGCCAGAGCGGAAAGAAAGAGUUGAUAAUCAUGCUAACACUGUGAUAGAUGCAUCACCAAUUGAAAGUGUAUGUGAUAGUGCACUGGCGAAGUUGCAGCCUAAGACAUCAGCACAGGGUGUAACCUUGUCAAUUCCCGUUGAUUCUAGAGAUAAAAGCGAGAGUUCUCCAGACACACUGCACCAAAAACCUUCAAAGUAUGAGGCGAAUCCUGCUUACUCUCUAUCUGUUGUACUUGAUGGUCACGGGUCUCCUUGCUCCGCUGCAUCGGUUACAACAGAUUUAGGUCUCGGAACACUCUACUCGUUUGUCCAGGACCCAAACCAUCCCACUAUUCAAGAUAAUGAAGAAGUUGAUGAGGUCAAAGAAAAACCUCUCAGGCCCCAGCAGCUUCAAUUUUCUUCCUGCACUGGGCCUAAUUCAGUUGUGCAGUUUGAUUCGACAGAUUUCAAGCUAUUCUGGAAAUCUCUUAAAGAAAAGGUUGGCCGACAAGAUGAAGCAGUAUAUGCGGUGAGCCGUACUGUAGCUCUCUGCAGAUCAGGAAAGGAACGGCGCCUCAGGGCAAGCGUGAAAGGUGAUAUAUGGUUGAGUUUCCACGGGUCUGACAUGGUUACCAAAAAGAAACUUGCUAUUGCCCUUGCAGAGAUGCUAUUCGGCAGCAGAGAAAGUGUAAUAUGUGUGGAUUUAGCUUGUCCUGACGGGAUCUCUCCACCGAAUUCAAUCUUUCGUUCCAAAAAGAUGAAUGGUUUCGACACAAGUUUCAGAGGGAGUUUUAUAGUUGACUACAUCUAUUCAGAGAUAAGGAAGAAUCCACUGUCAGUAGUUUUUCUCGAAAAUGUCGAUAAGGCCGAUACCGGGAUGCAUAAUUGCCUAGUCCAUGCUAUCCAGACAGGCAAAUUUAUUGACUCUCGUGGACGAGAGAUUAGUAUCAACAAUUCUGUCUUCGCAGUUACGUCAAGCGACUUCAAGAGUAAUGAAACGUUCAGUUUCAGGAAAGAAACAUCAAAAUUCUCCGAGGAAAAGAUGCUAGCAUCCCAAAGCUGGCAAAUGCAGAUACUGAUCAGAAAUGACCCUGAGUACUGCACCACCGCGUUACGUAAUAAUUCUAAUGUAUUCAUGUCUUCGAGAAACGCCAGCGCUACUCCAGCAUUUUUGAACAAGAGGAAGCUGAUUGAAACCAUGGAAACAGCUAAACGAAUUCAGAAAACGUCCAAUAAGUGUCUGGACUUGAACUUACCCGUCGAAGUGACUUCAGAAGAUUCUACUUUGGCUUCUCUGGAUAAUUUAACUAACCUAGUGGAUGAAUGUGUGGUGUUUGAGCCGUUCGACUUGGAUUCCCUUGCCAGUGACAUACUGAAAAAAAUGGACGAACGGUAUAAGAACACAAUUGGGAAUGAGGGUUUCUUGGAAGUUGAUUCACAAGCAAUGGAGCAAAUACUGGCAGCUGCAUGGUUUUGCGACAGCAGAAACGCAUUGGACAAUUGGGUUGAGCAUGUUCUUGGCAAUACCUUUGCGGAAGCUCGAGAAAGAUAUAGUGUUGGAGCUGGUACAGUUUUGAAACUUGUUAGUUGUGAAGGGCUUCCAAUGCAGGAUCAAGCAUCGGAAGUUUACCUUCCUGCAAAAAUCAUUCUACAGUGA